GUUGUGGUCCAUGGGCGCUCGCGCCCGUGACGCAGGCACAGAGAAAGACCUUCGCAGCAGUACAGCAGCAUCUUCAGCACCAUUGCAGUUCUCAUCUAGCUGAACAGUGAGGAAAAGCUUGAGAUAAUCGACAAGGCUUGUUUUGAGGCCUGGCAACAUCUAACAGAAUGACUAAAGAGCAGACUGCCGAGGUGGAGGAGGAGGCCCAGCCUGCCUCUGAGCACCAGAGCCCAGUUCAUGAGCCCCGGAAGAGGCCCAUGGUCCACCCAUCUGCACAGGCCCCCCUCCCCAAAGACUAUGUCUUCACAUUCUUUGACCCAAAUGAUCCUGCGUGUCUGGAGAUCCUGCUGGAUCCGCGCACCACCAUCCCAGAGCUUUUCGCCAUCAUCCGACAGUGGGUCCCACAGGUCCAGCACAAGAUCGACCUCAUCGGAAACGAGAUCUUGAAGCGUGGUUGCCAUGUCAAUGACCGUGAUGGACUGACAGACAUGACUUUGCUCCACUACAGUUGCAAAGCCGGAGCCCAUGGUGUUGGUGACCCUGCCGCUGCCCUCAGGCUGUCCAAUCAGCUCAUUUCCCUGGGGGCAGACGUCAGUCUCCGCAGCCGCUGGACCAACAUGAACGCCGUGCACUAUGCUGCAUACUUCGACGUGCCAGAGCUGAUUCGCAUUCUCCUCAAGGCCUCCAAACCUAGAGUACUGAAUUCCACCUGCAGUGACUUCCACCAUGGCACAGCCCUGCACAUCGCUGCCUCCAACCUGUGUCUGGGAUCAGUCCAGUGUCUGCUAGAGCAUGGAGCCAACCCCACUGUCAGGAAUGAUAAAGGGCAGGGGCCAGCCGAGGUGGUCCCUGACCCCAUGGACAUGACUCUGGACAAAGCGGAGGCGGCCAUGGUGGCCAAGGAGCUGAAGCAGCUGCUGCUGGACUCUGUGCCACUCAGCUGCAACCUGCCCCGCGCCACCCUGCUCAACUACGACAACAUCCCUGGCAACCUCAUGCUCACCUCCAUCGGCCUGAAACUGGGCGACCGUGUGGUGCUGGACGACAUGAAGACGGGCACCCUGCGCUUCUGUGGGACCACGGAGUUCGCCAGUGGCCAGUGGGUGGGGGUGGAGCUGGACGAGCCAGAGGGCAAGAACGACGGAAGUGUGGGAGGGGUGCGUUACUUCAUCUGCCCCCCCAAACUGGGUAUCUUUGCUCCAGUGUCAAAAAUCGCUAAAGCUGUUGAGCUGGCCCCCUCCUCUGUCACCUCCACACCCAAGACACCCCGCAUGGACUUCUCCCGCGUCACAGGAAAGAACAAGAAAGAAAAGAAGGAAAUAAUGGAGAGAGAGAAAGCUCUGAGGAAGAAGUCUAUGUCCGUAGCCAGUCUGGACCCGGAUGGGGUGAAGGUGGAACUUGGAGAUCAGGUGCUGGUUGCUGGUGUGAAGCAGGGAAUCAUACGCUAUUACGGAAAGACAGACUUUGCCCCAGGUUACUGGUUUGGUGUGGAGCUGGAGAAUCCCACAGGAAAGCAUGAUGGGUCUGUUUUUGGUGUCCGCUACUUCAACUGCAUGCCCAAGUACGGCGUCUUUGCACCCCCAUCUCGCGUGCAGAGAAUCUGCGGACCAAAGGAUGGUCAUAUCGGCGACGGCACGAUGGUGAAGAAAGUCCACCAGGUGUCUAUGAACCAGCCAAGGCGUAAAUUCAACACGGUGAGGUCACCCAAGGACAUCACCUCUGAGAAUUCAAUAUCAAGAUUGCUGUUCUGCUGCUGGUUCCCCUGGAUGCUGCGUGCUGAGAUGCAGUCCUAACCACACUCUCCUUCCUCCUCCUCUUCCUCCUCCUCAAAAGAUCUACUGCUCUCCUCCUCUUAAUGUCCAUCUUUCAUUUAUGCUUUCCUCUGGCUGUUGCUGUCAGAAUUACAGUAGUGAACCUCCGCCCCCCCCCCCAUGAUCUCAAUCAGUCCUAUAGCAAAAUCUAGUGCCUUGUAUGUUAACUAACAUCCCGCAUUCCGUUUGUAACACUAAUAAUGAGACUAAAUCAUUGUAACCCGAAAUCUGGGAUACAAACCCUACAAAAGCAAUUAUUUAAUAGAUAUAAUCACUUAGUUUUUGUAAGUUACUCUAUUUCAGAAGUUGCCAACACCCAUUGUCCAGUCAGCCAACUUCUUAUGCCAUGGAGCUUCUACUAGGGAACCUUUCAAAUGACUAAGUACAUGAUGCUGUACUUUGUUGUUUUUCUGCUGCUUCAUCCUAAUUCCCUGUAUUUCAGAGGAGACCAAGGGCCUCAAAGUAAUACAUGGUCUGUCAGUGUGAACCGACUGCAGAUGGCCAUGUUGCGCUAAAGGGAUUUAUCCAAAAUCUGGAUGUGUGAGUCAAAUUGUGUUCCAAAUAAAUGUGCACAUCAACAUGCCUUUUAUUGUGAAAAGAUGUGAUAUGAACAUAUGGUCAUGUUCUUCUGAUGCUGUAUGUUCAAAAGUAAACAGGGUUUAAUAUUAUUCAGGAUUCCGACAUCUGCUAUUUCUCCACUUGCACUCUGAGCAUUUUCCCAAAUAUGCAAUUGGAAUGAUGUAUAUAAUAUUGAUUUGCUUGUUAAUGGGCUUGUGUAAAUUAUAGUAUGCUCACAGGUGAUACAAAAACAAGGUUCGUGGUCUCUGGUAGCCUACUAAAUUUGUUGACAGAGCCCUGUUAAAUACUAGUUACCUGUUUUAGGUCAAAGGUAAUGCUACCACGUACAUAUAUGGUCAUCAUAAUGUCCCAACUUAAUUGCAGAAGGAGAACUUUAUCUGCACAGAUAUCUUCUGUACCCUUGAAAGACACUUUUCUAGCAAUGGUUUAAAUCGUGGUAAUAUAGACAGCACCCUUUUGUCAAUAACUGGGUCAAAUAAGACUUUCAUAACUUGGUCUAAGGUGUUUCUUGCACUUUGAGCCAGUUGGUCUCAAAUCCAAGUUAAGCUAACCAAAAUGCCUGCUAACCCCAAAAUGUAAUGGCAGGUAAUGUAAGGGAAAACCACCUAGAUUAAUAUUGUUUAAGCUGUUGUCUUUAUUGUGUGGCAUGAAGUACCAAUAACAUAACUUUUGCUUAACUUUAACUUAAACGUACUGUUAGCAAAAAGCUUUAUUUUCCCACAGUUACAUUUUGUUUAUAGAAAUAUGAAAUCUACAAGGGUACCACAAUAUACUUGUUAAAGGUACAUUUCUUGAUAAACCAGUGGCCUCCACCCCAUCUCUAGGUUUGUUGUUGCAGCAAUGGUGUUCAUCUCAGGCUAGCUCAGUGCUACCACAGUUUACACCCCCUGUUGGCUAUCCUCCAAUGCUUCUCUCUCCUUCUCUCUCAACGUUAGACUUUGGUAGGUUUGUGAGUGUGAGCAUUAGAUAAAAAUCUGACCUUCUAAACUUGUGUGUGCUUAAUGUCAAAACCUACGAGUGUGCAUGAAAACAGAAAUAAUUUAACCUGUGUACUUAGCUGUGUGGAUAUGGAUAGUGUCUUUAUCUACUGAACACAGUGUCUUUAUCUACUGAACACUAUGUAAGCACAUCACGAGGAGGAGAAAAACACCUGAACUUGCUCCUGCACUCUUUGAACACCGUUGUGAGCAUCCUGUGUUAAUAACAGCACCGUGAAACGGCAAGAAAUACUCAUUAUCAGGAAGGGCCUGUGCACCAUGUCAUAUUCCGAAAUCGCCACUUAUCCAAUGUGGUACUGAACAAUGUGGAACUGAAGGCAACAAUGUGUGGUUGUUUUUGAUAUUGCUAGCGUACGGUUAUGACUAGGUCUGUAAGAGAGCCGCAGAACAACGAGGAUGCUAUGAGGGAGUCGGCUUCAGCUUCAUUUGAUCUGAAUAAGGGACAUUAGUAUAUCCAGUUUGAGAGGAACUCAUUCAGGAACUCACCUCAAAGUCAUGUAAUGGGAUACUUAGGAACCUGUGGCAAUUGGAACUUUUCUCCUGUUUUAUUUAAUUGAAUUGUGACUAUGUCAACACAAAGUGUUGCAAACUUUGUCAGGACAGCUCACUUUGUUCAAAUCUUCUGUUAGCCAAAUAUACUAAAAUGAUAUUGUGUCAAGAAGGACUGAGUUUCUUUACUAUUGUGAGCAUUGUUUAGUAGAUAAGAAAAUCAUCCUCGCCUCAUGCUGAAGUGCUUGAUAAUGAGUAUGAAUACAUCACCAUGUCUUGUCUUUACUACUCAUGUUGGAAAAAUGUCAUUAGAAAUAAGUAUAGCAACAUUGUUCAUAUUUACUAAAUGGUCGAGUUGAGUAGUUGGUUGACAUAUUUAAUGCUCAAGUAAAGUGACCAAAAUGGUGUAGUUAUUGCCUGACCUUUACGCUCUAGUAGCAUAAUAAGUCCCACAAUAUGCCAGUAGAUGUCACUAAUGUGUCACUUUUAUCAUCUCUACAACUAACAUGACAAGAAUCUAAAUUGAUGAGUCCUCCACUCUUCAAAUUUUUGUUUAUUCAACAUUAUGAACAUUGAUAUAAUCUUAUUAAGUUGUGUACUGUCAUUAUUAAAAAACAAAAACAUGAUGUUAUUCUAAAACUUGAUCUCAACAAUGGUUAAUUUUCUUCAUAGACAUGGCAUAGCAGUUUGUUAAAAAUAUAUUUGGAUAAUUUCACUAAGUGUACUUUUAUUUAGUUUUAUAGUGUGUUGGUGUCUGUGUCCCAAAACAGGUAAAGGGGAUGUUGGUAAUGUUGGAUUUAUUAUAGUGUUUAUUUAUUAUAGUUUAUAGUUUAUUAUAGUGUUAUUGCAUGCUCUUUAUUUUCUGAAAGUUUCUUUUUCCAACAGUGUAUCUCAGAAUGAAAAUGCUUAUAAUUACAACUCUGACUAUGAAUCUAAUAAAAGUUUAUGUUGUUUUCUA